AUGAUAUUGAAAGUGAAAGAGUUCUGUGAAGCGGAACAAAAGAAUCAAGGUGUUUUAAUACCACUAAACAAUGUUCGGAAGAGAGUCGCCGCCAUUACAGGUGUGUCAGUGAAAACUGUAACAAGAAUUACAAAAGAAGGUAUAAUAGCGACGAGUACUUCGAAAAAAAUUGUCACCCCGGGGAAGAGUCGCCCGCAUCCGAAAAAGUUCGACUUAGACGGCUUCGAUGGGCUUAUACGGCAGGAAUAUGACGAAAUAGAAGAGUCUCCGAAAUGGGAAGGAAUUCCCGGGUCCCUUAUUCUUAUUAAUGCUUUGGAAGAUUCAAGUACAAUUUCAAUGGCACAUGAAGCAACUUGUCGUCUUAUAAAACAAUAUCUUAGGUCAUCAAGCUCUCAAAUGAACUGUUAUUUUGUCAAGAAUAUGGUGGUGAAAGAA